AUGUCUCCGUCUGUAUCCGCUGAUCAAUGGCUGGCUGCCGCUAAGCAUCGCCGCACGGUUUACGGCCUCAAGGGAACCUCUGCUGUCUCUGACAAGCGAGUUGAAGAGAUAGUCUCAGAGGUUCUUUCAUUUUCGCCGUCUUCUUACAACACUCAACCAGUUCGCAUUACUCUUGUUACUGGCGAGAAGCACAAGCAGUUGUGGGACAUUAUCAUCAAGACAUCUGAGCCUAUCCUGAAAGGCGCCGGCGAGGCAGUAUGGGCUACCCUGAGCGGUGUCUUUGAAUCGCACAAAGCAUCAUACGGAUCGGUUGUUUUCUGGGAAAGUGGUGACAGCAUUAAGGCGGCAGGUGAGAAGCACCAGUCUGCCGCACACAUGUUCGGUCAGUUUGCGGAGCACACGACGGGUAUGGCUCAGAUUCUCGUCUGGACUGCUCUGGAGUUAGAGGGACUGGGUGCAAAUCUCCAGCAUCUACAAGCGAUCCCCCCUGUUGAGGCAGAGAUCAAGAAGUUCCUUCAGGUGCCUGACGACUAUUCACUAAAAGCCCACCUUAACUAUGGUGACGAGCCCGGCCCGCAUAACACUACUGUGCCCGAGAAGCUGCCGCUCAGCGAGACCCUGAAGGUGGUUAACUAA